AGUCUGACUUCAUCUACUCUACAAAAAUAACAAGCGACGAAGCAUCUGCUGCAUUCUGUAUUACCUAUCAGUGCAACGCAAGUACAAAAUGGCAAAAAAGUUUAGGUCUGACGAUAUUUCUGCGGAUCCCUUGAGAUUGCUUUGGUUGGGACAAAUGCACCCAUUUUCCCCUUUUCGGCGAUCUGUUGCAUUCUUGGUCAUGAACGUGAGUGCUUGUUGGCUCCUUGCUGCCUUAGCAAUAAAGGGAAUAAUAACAUCUUACAAAAACGAUAUUUUUUUCGUCGCUGAGUGUUUACAAACUUGCAAUUUGAUGUUUCACGGUAUUGGAAAAUUCGUAAAUUUGUUUCUUCAUCGAGACAAUUUGAAGAAGUUAUUAAAAAAUAGGUCAAAAUUUUGGAAAAUUGACGAUUUUCAAAGCGAGGAGAUUUACCAAGAAUUGUCAGAAAUUACGUCUACAGUGAAAAAAGGGCUUCGUUACUAUUAUUGUGGGGUUGUAGUUGUGAUGCUUUUAUUUGAUUUGCAACCUUUUGCAACCGGUUCGCUCCCGUCUGGAUGUUACGUUCCUGAAGGAUGGUUUAAAAGUUUAACAGUAAUGACCUGGUUGCUAUCUCUUAGUUUUUUAAAUGGUGUACAAGGCAUGGACGGAUUUUUCUGUUCAAUAAGUAUUUCCAUUGUAAUACAGUUCAAAAUGUUAACACAUCGGUUCAAAAAUAUGCGACUAUUCCACAAUGAAUCUGAAAGGAAAAUGUGGAAAGAGCUGAAAGAAUUGGUAGAUUACCACAAUUUUUUAACCAGUUAUUGCAAGCUACUAAAUACAAUCUUUGCAUCAAUAUUCCUGCUCCAGUUUCUCGUAUCGAUCAUUUCAGCAUCUGUGUCUAUUUUUAUUUUCAUGCAACCUGGUGCGUGGUCAAAUCGGAUCAAAUUUAUACUUUAUUACUUAGCUGUAGUAGCUGAAACUUCAUUUUAUUGUGUUCCUGCAGAGAUUAUUGUCAAUUCAGCAAGUGAAAUUGGUUACGCCGUUUCUGAAUUGGAUUGGUACAAAAUUAGAAUAAAUCAAAUUAAGAAAUGUUUCGUCAUUAUUCUAGCCAGGACACAAAGAACGAUGGUUUUCACCGGAUAUGGGCUUGUUAAUAUGAAUCUUCAAACCUUUGUUGUCUAUGUCAAAACAGUAUUUUCUUUUUACACCUACAUCAACUCUGUGAGGAAAAUUGAAAAAUAAACAGGAGUCCCUAUUGUAAAUAUUUACUUAUUAAAAUAAGCACGCAAUGAUUCAGAAAUAAAAAAUUUGCAAUAUCUGAGUUCUGAAUUAGCUUUAUUGAAAAAAAAAUAAUAAAGUUGAAAGUUAACAAUUCAGCGAUUUUGAUCUUUUUGAUAACCUAAGCACAAUAAAGAAAUAGAAAAAAUAUAUAGCUUUGUUUAAUAAACAUAAUUGUUUUUUUCUAGAUUUUUUGUUUUAAUUAUUAUAGACUAUUACUGUAUUUUUAUAAGGG